CAGCGCUGACGUCUCGUGGGUAGUCAUAAAAGGAAUUUGAGUUGGAAAUUGAAAGCUCAUCCUUCAGCUCUUUUCGCUCCUUUUUCUCUGUUUAAAAGGCCGUCUUGGGGUUGGGUGGAAAAGACUGUGCCCCUUUGUGUCUCCACAGAUUAAAAACCCACAAACUUAGCAGCCACCCCAAAUUCCUUUCUGGGUCACCCUAUCCUUUUUUUUAACCCUCAGUUCAAAAGUACAGAAUCCUGUGCUGCUUCUCCUCAUCUAGCAAACAGAGUCUGGACCACGAAAAUCUUACUACAAUAAAAGUACAGGAAACAGACAUGUUAACUCCUUUGAACCCCAAGAACCCAGCAGAACAAAAACAAGACCACAGUUCAGAAAAGACAUGUCUCUCUCUUGUAAUCGGUGAAGCAAAAUGCAUAUCCAACAUAGCUUUUCCGAUGGUACUCACUGGGCUUUUGCUCUACUCUCGCUCCAUGAUUUCCAUGUUGUUUCUUGGCCGUCUGGGGGAACUCGCUUUAGCCGGCGGCUCGCUUGCUAUUGGCUUUGCUAACAUCACAGGAUACUCAGUUCUAUCCGGCCUUGCCGUGGGAAUGGAGCCCAUCUGUGGCCAAGCUUUUGGGGCCAAAAGAUACAAACUUCUUGGCCUCACCAUGCAAAGAAUGAUACUUCUGCUUCUCUUGACUUCAAUCGUCAUAGCUUCUUUGUGGUUCAACAUGAAAAAUAUCCUUCUCUUUUGUGGCCAAGAUGAAAAUAUUGCCAAUGAAGCUCAAUCCUACAUUCUUUAUUCUCUACCCGAUCUUCUAGCACAAUCCAUUUUGCAUCCUUUGCGCACAUAUUUGAGGACUCAGUCUAUAACUCUGCCUCUGACAUACUGUUCUACUCUAGCUAUUCUUCUUCACAUUCCCAUUAACUACCUUCUUGUUUCGGUGCUCAAUCUUGGAAUCAAAGGCGUUGCUUUGGGCUCCAUUUGGACGAACUUCAAUCUCGUAGGUUUUCUGAUCGUUUACGUUAAAAUCUCCGGGGUGUACAAGAAAACAUGGAGUGGAAUUUCCUCAGAGUGCUUAAAAGGUUGGAAAUAUUUAUUGAAUUUAUCCAUUCCAAGCUGCAUUUCAGUUUGCCUGGAAUGGUGGUGGUAUGAAAUCAUGAUUUUGCUAUGUGGGUUGUUGUUAAAUCCACAAGCAACCGUUGCUUCAAUGGGCAUUUUGAUUCAAACCACAUCUUUGAUAUAUACAUUCCCAUCUUCCUUAAGUUUUGGUGUGUCAACCAGAGUUGGAAAUGAACUUGGAGCUAACAAUCCAAAGAAAGCAAAACUGGCUACAAUCAUUGGCCUCUCUUCGAGCUUCCUACUAGGACUUUCAGCUUUGGUUUUCACUAUACUGGUAAGAAAAAAAUGGGCUACGAUGUUCACCGAAGACCCAGAAAUCAUUGCCUUAACAUCAACGAUUUUGCCUAUACUUGGACUCUGUGAGCUUGGAAACUGCCCACAAACAACAGGCUGUGGAGUUUUAAGAGGAACUGCAAGACCAAAAUUGGGAGCAAAUAUCAACCUGGGAUGCUUCUACCUGGUAGGCAUGCCAAUUGCGGUAUGGUUGAGUUUCUUUGCUGGGUUUGAUUUCAAAGGUCUUUGGCUUGGUCUUCUAGCCGCCCAAGCCUCAUGUGUGCUGACCAUGUUGUUCAUUGUAACUCGUACCAAUUGGGAAUUUGAAGCCUGGAGGGCACAAGAACUGACCAGAGCCGUCCCUGUGGAUGAUGAUAACGACCAUACCAAUCAGGAUGGAACAUUGAAAGUUGAUUCUGAUUCCAAAGAAUCUUCAGGAUUAUUACAUGACAUAAAGCAAAACAACUUAGCUGUCUGAUUUGGAGGGUUGAAUUUCUAACCAAUACUUUUUGCUUUGAAUUUGAUUAAAACACUACCAAUAGAAUUUUAUUUAGGUCCAAUUCAUAUAAAGUAUAAAAGGGGAUGGGAUUGAAAUUUAGGGAUAAAGUUGGCAUUGUAUUCUUUUUUCAGAAUAGAAAAGAAACACGGAAAAUAGAUUUUGUUGGCAAAUGGUACGAAGUUAAUUUCUUGGUCCGUCCGGCAAAUGAUGGUUGUGUCGUUUUGUUUGGAAGGGCUAUGCGUUGCGCGUAACAACUUCCUCUAUCGGGUGGCGCGUACGAGUUCAUGGUUGAAAAUAGCACGUGGGGAUUUAACACUUCAUGACGAGUUGGAUUCUAACGUGUGCCCUACCCAACUGGUCACCAUUUGCGACGGCCGACUCGAAUGGCUUUCUUCUCACCGUCAAACGUGCUAAAAAGGGUUAUUCGAACCUAGUCACUUUCAUCUCAUAAAUGGAUCGAUUAGCACUAACUUUAGGAUAAUAACAUGUUUAAUUAAAAAAAAAAACCAAAUAAAACUUUUCUUUGAUCAUUAUUACAUCAUCGUGAAAUAUGGAGAAAAUUUAUCUCGUACAUCAUUAUCAUUGAUAAAGUUUUUAUAUUUUACAACAACAUUAAAAAAUUUUUUU